GAUAUCUUGUUUUGCGUCUUGGGGCCAGCUACUCCUAUGUGGGGCUGUUUCCCUAUCCUUUAAGAAAAGGCGGGGAGGUGUUGGAAUCAGAAUCCAGUUUCUGCCACUUGUUCCUUGCAAGUCACCCCACCCCUGCCCUCAUCUGAAAAAUGGGUAGGGGGAGAGCCUUGUCCUGAAGCGCACUGCCAGCUCGGGGCCCCGUGGGUGGAGGCGGAGGGCUCUAGGGACUGGGGCGUGUUGUUCGUGGGCUCAGAGCGCUGAGCUCCGCUCCGGGUUCCUCCCGCGAGGCCUCGGCGCCAAUGAGAAUCGAUGUGCUCGAAUCUCCGCCCCUCCCCGCGCUCAGGUUGCUUAGCAACGAGGGAACGACGGACCCGGAGCCUGAGCUAACCCUCCGCGGGCCGGGUGCACCACACCAGCUCCCUUCUGGGGGCGGGGGCGUGGGGGCUGCCAUGGCCCCCAGCCACCUGUCAGUGCGGGAGAUGAGGGAAGAUGAGAGGCCCCUGGUGCUGGAGAUGCUGAAGGCCGGCGUGAAGGACACGGAAAACCGCGUGGCGCUCCAUGCUCUGACUCGGCCACCAGCCCUGCUCCUCCUGGCAGCAGCCAGCAGUGGCCUACGCUUCGUUCUGGCCUCCUUCGCCCUGGCCCUCCUCCUACCCGUGUUCCUGGCUGUGGCGGCUGUAAAGCUGGGCCUACGGGCCCGGUGGGGCUCGCUGCCUCCACCAGGCGGCCUCGGGGGCCCCUGGGUGGCCGUGCGUGGCUCUGGCGAUGUGUGUGGGAUCCUGGCCCUGGCCCCUGGCACGAACGUGGGGGACGGGGCCCGGGUCACCCGCCUCUCUGUCUCUCGCUGGCACCGCCGCAGGGGCGUGGGAAGGAGGCUGCUGGCCUUUGCGGAGUCCCGGGCUCGAGCCUGGGCUGGGGGAAUGGGGGAGCCCCGGGCCCGGCUUGUGGUCCCAGUGGCUGUGGCUGCUUGGGGAGUGGCAGGGAUGCUGGAGGGCUGUGGCUACCAGGCCGAGGGGGGCUGGGGCUGCAUGGGCUACACACUGGUGAGGGAGUUCAGCAAAGACCUGUGAGGACUGCGGCCCCUGAGCAAGGGAAGGGAGUGUCCCCUUCCCCACAGCCCCCUGGGAGGGAAGCCAGCACCUGUGUGCCCACAGUGUGCCAGCACUCUCAUGUCCACUUCCUCGGUGAAUCCCCAGCCCCGCCAGGGCCAGGACCAGGAGGCCUGCAGAGGGUAGGAGCCUGACCUCUGUCUGUCCUUCUGAAGUGUGAAGUGUGUAGUGUUUGCAUUUCUCCGAGUGGGUUGAAUCCCUCUUUCCCUUCCUGGCUCUCGGGGCCUGCCAGAAGUCAGCCUGUUCAACCCCCUACCUCAGAUUCUUCCUGCACUGAGAGCCCCCCCACUCUGUCCGUCUGCAGGGGCUGAGCUGUUUGCACUUCAGGCCUGGGAGAGGGGACGAGCGGGGGUGGGGGCUGAGUUAGGAUUUGCACAGAGGCACCCCUAGGGGACACAGCCUCCCUGGGACUGGAGCAGGCUUGGAUACUUGUCCUUGCUGCGGUCUAGUUGACCACUUAGCGAGAGCCGGAGUGGGGGUGGGGCACAGGGCUGCUGGGCCUGGCCUCUCUGGGAAGGUCGGAGCUGAGGGGUAGCCCUGUCCCUUCCUCCAGAGCCAUCUGCGUUUUUACACUGUUUGUUAAUAAAGCCUGAAACUGCGGUGUGCCUGUUU